AUAUGGGACACGCCCCCUGUGCAUUGGUCUAAUUCGUCCUCUUCUCCUUUCCCCUCGACCCGACGCCGGCACGGCGAGGCCACCAAACCCAGUCGACGCCUCUCCCCUUCUUCCUCCCAGCCCGCCGGCCUCGAGACAUCCCCGAACGGUCUCCCUUCCCUCGAGGAUGGAUUGGCAGGGGCAGAAGCUCGCGGAGAUGCUGAUGCAGGUGCUGCUUGUCGCGUCGGCCGUGGCGGCGUUCCUGGCGGGCUACGUGCGCGGGGACUUCCAGCUCAUGCUGCUCGUCUACGCCGGCGGCGUCGUGCUCACGGCGCUCGUCACCGUCCCCAACUGGCCCUUCUUCAACCGCAACCCGCUCAAGUGGCUCGACGCCGCCGAGGCCGAGCGCCACCCGCGCCCACAGGUCAGCUCCGCCGGCGCGGGGGCAGGGGGUAAGAAGAAGUCCGGGAAGAACAAGUAAUCGGUCUUUCAGAGCGAUAUGUGUGGUCCGUCGACAUGACUCAACUUGUUUUGGUACUGUUUUCAGAGCUAUAUGACAUUGAAAUAUUAGACAAUUGUGGUACUAAAUUAACAUAUCAGCUGAAAGUUAGCUUGCAAUUUUGCAUGCCUGGUUAUA